AUGGCGUUCCUCCUGGACGACGAAGACGACGGCCGCGUCCUCGAGGCGGCCCUGUCCUUCGUCGAUAAGUUUGAGCUUGAUGCAUCGACUUCCCGGACGGACGUCGCGCCACCUCAAACGCUAUCAACAGUACGACAGGUGGACGCGAAAGCCGGCGAAUUGACGCGACGUGCGGUGAUCGCCUACCUCCGAGAGGAAAUGGAGAAGCUGCAGAUCGACCUGCGGAACUUACAGAGCAAGAAGCCUCGAGCGCGGGCUCUGCAGCCACAAAUAGCGGCGAGCUCAUUGCCACAGGUGCCGAGUUUGUGGCAGGUGGUGGCGAGGAAGCAGCGGCAGCGGCGGGAGGAGGCUGAGCGUGAGAAUGUGCGCUUGAAGAUAGUCGCAGCGCGCCAGCAGAAGGUGGCAGACAGUUUGAGUAGCACGCUCCAGAAGCGAGCACGGCAGUUGACAAGUGAGUGUUCGUCUUUUGCGGAUGUCACUCCGAAGCAGCAGAUCGUGCAUGUUGUGGACUUCUGCGGAGAUAUCGGCGAUUUCCAAGGGCUGUUCCGACAGGUUGAAGCUGCUCAUCGCGAGGUAGACAUCGUAUUCGCAUCCAACGGCCUGGACAAGAUGGUGAUCACGCCGAGCGACGUUCACAUUCGCGAAGGAGACGAGGGCAAAUAUCUCGAGGCCUUUUCCAACAAGGUGCUGCCUUUCAAGCUGAGCGACACGGCCGAAGCUGCGUGGAACCACUUCAAAGGAUCCGAGAAGCACAUGGGCAAUGGCAGUCUGUAUGAAAAAGCUGCAAAGGAUCUUGGCGUGGCGUACACUGUAAUCGAGGCCUUUACGAAAGAAAUGCACUCCAACAACUCGCGUGCAGACGUGAAGGUGAAGCAGGUCGUGCGGCGCUACGUAGAAGCGGACCACGAUCUCGUGAUCUGGGUUGCUCAAGUAUCGCCUGCUGAGAUCAGGCACAAAAUUCUGCGAGGACUCACCUAUCACCUCCGCGGCUACGCGAAGAUAAUCCGGUCUCCAGCGUCAACGCCAGAGCGAGAACUGUCCCAACUCAAAUGCUGCUCGCUCAUCACGUUCGACCAGGAGGCUGAAGCGCUGUACGGCCCGGAUACCAUCUGA